AUGUCCAUGCCGCAGGCCCCGUCCCUCCUGUGCUUCGGGCAGGGGAGCCGGCACAGCGUGUCUGGGAGACGGGUGGCGCCCUCCCGAAGAACGUGGUCGUCCAGGGCGCCGCUCACCACGCCGCGGAGCACGAUGAAGCGCUCGUACAGCUGCCAGAAUGUUUUCGUGAAGCGGGAGUUGGCCUCACUGACGAGUGGGAGCGCCGCCCCUGUCCGUUCAUGCCAAAUGGCGCAGAACACGAGACUCGAAACCCCGCUGGCGCUGAAGAGACCGUCGAACCAUAAGGACCUCUGUAUCAACCCACGUGUGCGGGUCGAGCGCUAG